AAACAGCCCGGUACUGUUGUUUUUGGUGCAGUGCUGAGUCUGAGAUGGAAUAUUCUCCUUUUUUUUAAUAUCUAAACCUUUUACAGAAGAGUCUGAAAUAUACAUAUAAAUUUUUCUACAGCCAGGAGAGCUAUUUCAAUCCGACAACCUAGCCUUCUUAACCAGAGACUUGCUGUGACAGUCCAGUGACUAGAGGAGACCAUGGGCAAAAGAAAAGUACCAGACUUGUAUCGAGCCCCUUUCCCUUUAUACACUGUUAAAAUUGACCCCAAAACUGGAAUCGUUCUGACUGCCGGAGGGGGCGGAGCAUCUAAGACAGGAAUUAAAAAUGGAGUGCACUUCCUUAGUCUGGAGCUGGUUGGCAGCCAGCACAGUGCCACUCUGCUGCACUCUCAUGAUACAGAGACGCGGGCCACCAUGAACAUGGCGCUGGGAGGAGAUGUGGUUGCUGCUGGACAGGAUGGCAACUGCAGCCUGAUGAGAUUCAGACAACGCGCACCUAAAGAGGGACAAUCAGCGCCCACAAAGGAUGGAGCUGGGCAGCAAGGAGGUGCCAGAAGACGAGGGGGGAAAGGUCAGAAUGGAGGCGGGGACGUGGCUCAGAUGAAGGACGAGUCACUCCAGGUUCUGGUGGAGGAUGUUGGAACAGUGAAGUCUGACCUCAGCCCUCAAGACCCGAUGCAGAAGUGCGUGCGCUUCAGCUCUGACCUGAAGCUGCUGCUGACAGGAGGGGCUGAUGGUUAUCUCCGAGCGUGGGAGUAUCCCUCCUUGAAGGAGAAGUUGAACUUCAAAGCUCACACAGAUGAGGUAGAGGACUUGGACAUCAGCCCUGAUAACAAGCACAUUGUGACAGUAGGGCGUGAUUUUGCAUGUAACGUGUGGAGCGGUGAUCAGCUGGCAAUGGGUUUAUGUUGGCAUGAAAACAUGUCACAUAUUACAGAGAAGAUGUAUCGCUAUCAGUCAUGUCGGUUUGCAAAGGUUGAGGACCAAAAAGACGCAUUAAGACUAUACACUGUCCAGAUUCCCUACAAACGUGAACGUAAACCUCUGCCUUGCUACCUCACCAAAUGGGAUGGAAAGAGCUUUCUUCCUUUGCUUACUAAAACAUGUGGCAAUGAAGUGAUCUCCUGUUUGAGUGUGAGUGACUGUGGAACGUUUCUUGGCCUUGGCACGAUCACAGGAUCAGUAGCUAUCUAUAUUGCUUUCUCUCUGCAGAAGUUGUACUAUGUACAGGAAUCUCAUGGCAUUGUGGUGACAGACCUGGCUUUCCUACCUGAUUCCCCCAAAUGCAAACCUGUAAAGGGAAAUAAUGAAGUGGCAGUGUUGAGUGUGGCUGUAGACAGUCGCUGUCAGCUGCAUGCAGUGUCCAACAGAAGAUCUGUUCCAGUAUGGCUUGUACUGUUCCUUUGUGGCCUGCUGCUGGUGGGCGUCGUUCUGCUCUUGCAGCAUCUCUUCCCAGGGUUCAUUUAAUGUUGAGCUCAGUCUGAGAGGGGGUGGAAAACAGCCCAACUGCACCACAACCACCGCCAGUCUUCAGCAGCCACUCUUUCACAGUGUAUACCAAAAUGACUAGAGCUGAAGCUGCUGGAAUUCCACUAAUGAGGAUUGUUCUGAUGUAGGGAAUUUGAAUAACAGUGUUUAUCACUCGUUUUUUUUAAUACUGAAGAAUAAUCUCUGGAGCAUGCAUAGACACUCUUUAAUUUCUGGAUGAAGAACUGGGUUUUACCCGAUGAUGGAGCCAACUUUCUGCAUCCUGAUGCUGAGCUUCGUCUGUCUGCCAUCUCCCAUAUCAACUUGUGCUGCUUGUGGGGCAGACGGAACAAAGAGAAAUACAUCCCUCUUUGCUUUUUAAGAUGCUCUAAUGGAUGUGAUCUGUUUAUCCAAAAGACACUUGUGAAGUCUGUGUAAUGCACAGAGAGGACAGAUAUUUUUAGUUAUUUAAAACAGAUGGAAAAUAUAAUUAUACUUCUAAAACAAAGAAAAUGUUGUGUUGUGGGUCUGUCUGGUCUGUCCUUCUGUAUUUAUCAUGUUGCCUGAUAAUGCACAGAUAAGAAAAGGGGGAAAUUGAGCAAAAGACAAUUAAGGCUUUAAACAAAAGGGAAAAUAAUGAGCUUAACCUAUAUAAAACAAAUUUAUUUAAUAAGGGUGCUAUUUACGUAACCAUGUUCUGUUUUUAUUUAAAACAAAAGAAAUUGCAUUAACUAUUACAUUUUUUUUGUACUAAUAUUGUUACAUUAUGAAAGCUAAAAUGUACUGUACACACAUUUUGUAAUUUCCCUGAAUUUCAUUGUCUUUCUACUUAGGUUUAUGUUUACGUUUAUGUUUAAGUCAGCUAUAGGACUGGAUAAUAAUUCAAUAUCAAUGUGUAUCACAAUAGAACAUGUUUCAAUAAUGGUGAGGAUAUUUAAACAUAUUUCCAACAUUACAGUUUACAUGAUUUUCAGAAUCUACCACUGAUUGAUUUUUAUUGCAGGGCAUAUUACUGUACAUAAAUUGAAAAAAUAUUUUUUAUUAGCACAUACAUGCAUUGUUUGCAUUGUUGCAGUUUUCUAGAGUCUUUUAAAUUAUCCAUAUUGAUAUCAAAAUUAUAUUGUAUGAACCAAAAUGAAAUACACUGUGAUAUAAAUUUUACCAAUAUCAGCCAGCUAUGAGUUACAGUCAUGCAAAAAAUAUUCUGUCUUUGACGGUUUAAAUUGGGACCUGUUGUGUUUUCAGUUGAGUCACACUUACAUGACGAAUGAACCAAUAGAAAUGCUCCAAAAUUACUUUCUAUUUUGACUGAAAAAAGUUCUUUUUUUCUUUUUAUGUUAAACGAUAAGAACCUAAACCCAUUUCUGAAUAUUGAUACCAAGUUCCAAAUUUAUUCAGAUAAAUUCAGUGAGCGGCU